GGAACAAGUCCUGAGGUGCUUGCAAGUAGAGGUUCCUAAUCAUGUCCACCACACCAAACACAUCCAAAUAUGAGCGAUUGUGGAAGCUACUUCUAUCGAUGCUAUUCGCAAACAAGCGCUGGCGGCCUCAUCUCUGGCAAAGGUCCUGGGCAAGGACGACCCUUAGGCGACAACCUUCUCACUGAGUUUAUUAAUCAUUUGAAUCUGCGCACGACAUACCCGACUGCCCUCGUUUCCGUUAGCAGCCGCAUACUUGAUACCCUCAGGCGCGCCUUCAACAAAUUCUACGAAGACAGAGAAUAUCCUAGCCAAAUCUGGAUUGCUUUCAUCUACGUGCCCAAUGCAGACAAGCAUGUCAGGUAUCAUCAUGCGGAGGGUCUGGCCAGGAAGGGGAAAAUGGAAAAACCUAGCCGACUGCGGUACGAGUACCUUUUCGAGUGGGGGAUCCCAGAGAAAUACUUCUUCUAUAGAGUCUCUGUUGAGACUCUCAUGAAGCGUGGAUUCAACAUGAGCGAAUUUCUUGUCUAUAAUGACUCCGGCGUCGCUGCACUCCCAUCCACGCGAAAGUUGAGAAACGACUUUGUAAGAGCUAUUCUUGAAUCAUCGGAUGACGCACACGAAGUCGGUAUAUACCUAGGACUUCUAGCCCGGUCUUUUGGAGCUUGUUCGCCAUUACGCCAGAUCAUACUUCAGCUCCAACUGGAACGCUUUCACAUAACUUCUAUCGACCACGAUGAUCAGGUAUUCAGGAUGUCAUACGAUGAUGACUUCCGUGCCAUCGAAGACGGUGUUGACGUGGUGUUGCUCGAUUGGUGGCUGACAGAUCCCGAUUUCUACGGUGAAUACAAAGAUCAUCUAGCUUGGGCCGAGCAGAGAAGGGGAGACGUCGAGACUGAAAUGGAGCUAUACAAGACAGAAAUGCAAAUCGAGGAAGCUGCUAUCGAGCUAGGGUUGUGAGCAGGAGUAGUAGUGUCAAUAGUAGCAAGGCGUGAUGGCGACAUUGACUUAGUGUGUUUCAUCUGCUUGACGUAUCACCAGCGUAUUCUGAGAUCUAUACCUGUACUUCACGGAACGAUAUACCUCCAUGUAGCUAUUAGAGGCUCGAGAAUCGAAGAGAUCAACA